CCCGGCCCCGGUCUUGUGCUCACCCCUGCCUCCAUUUUGUCGGUAGAGGCAGGAGGAGGAAGUAGACCGGACGCCGAGGUGGUCAGCAGCUAAGUCGUCGGUGCUUGUGGGCUUUGUUCGUUCCGUGCCUCGUCUCUCCCUGGAAGGGGAGGGGGCUUCGUUGCUGAGCAGGAGCCGCCGCCGCAGUCCCGAGCUUGAAGUCGCUAGGACUUCUCUCAAACUUGUGUGCUGAGGAGACUCAGAUGUUGGCCUCAGCUCUUAGGCUGAACUCAGCAGAUUGGCCCAUGAAAACUUCUGUUUUGAGACAAAGGAAAGGCUCUGUCAGAAAGCAACAUCUAUUAUCCUGGUCUUGGCAACAAGGAAGAGGACAGGUAGUGGAAAUCCUGCAAUCUGAAAAGCAGACUGAAAGGUGACAAAGAAGCUGAAGAUGGGUGGUGGAGAGAGGUAUAACAUUCCAGCCCCUCAAUCUAGAAAUGUUAAUAAGAACCCACAGCAACUUAAUAGACAGAAGACCAAGGAUCAGAAUUCCCAGAUGAAGAUGGUUCAUAAGAAAAAAGAAAGAGGACAUACAUACAACGCAUCAGCAGCUGCAUGGCAGGCCAUGCAAAAUGGGGGGAAGAACAAGAAUUUUCCAAGUAAUCAAAAUUGGAACUCUAGCUUAUCAAGUCCCAGUUUACUUUUUAAGUCUCAAACGAAUCAGAACUAUGCUGGAGCCAAAUUUAGUGAACCACCGUCCCCAAGUGUUCUUCCUAAACCACCAAGCCAUUGGGUUCCUGUUUCUUUUAAUCCUUCUGAUAAGGAAAUAAUGACAUUUCAACUCAAAACAUUACUUAAAGUACAGGUAUAGAAGGAAGAUAAAGUACUAAUGUUUAGUAAUAUUUAAGGGUAGUUCUCAAUUGUCUCAUACCAAGUUCACUAGUGUAUUAGUCUCUGUAAAACUGCUGACUGAUAAAGAAAAUGCAAUUAGACUUCAUCUGGUUUUGUGUUGUGUGCACUGUGGUAUGUAAUGGUAGUAUCAGUGCCACUUAAAAUAACUAAAUUACCAAUAGCUGUACUUUAUAUCAAGCGUUCUCAAUUGAGUAACUCUUAGGUGAAACCAAGUUUGUAUUUGGGAAGUGGUAAAGGAAUCAACUUUCUCUCUUGCUUUUUGGGUAAAAUACUGAUUGAAGACUAUCACUCAAGUCAGAUUGACUUGCUGUAAGCUAGUGAAUCUGAUUUUAAGCAUCUAGUUAAGACAGCAAUUGAGAACUAGUUGAAUAUUGAAAGUGUCCUAAAAACACCUAAACCAGUAAUAUGCCAACAGUCUGAUGCACUGCCAAAAGAAAAUGUGAAUUUCCCUUCCAGAAUAGUUGCAGUUUAGUAAACUGAAUGGUGGUGAAUGUAGAAGGGGCACUAGGAGCAAUUUAGAAUGAAACAGUUCUCCAGUGGUCCUGUUUCUCAUGCAGUGGGUAGGUGACUGAAAAGAUGUGCCAAAACCAUUUUUUAUAAACUAUUUGGUGGUCAGAGUGGCUUUCAUAAUGCAUUUUUGUAUUACAGCACUGCACAAACUAUUUUAACAGUGAUCUUGCCUCAAACCAUCCCUGCAAAGCUUGCUUAAAGUAGGGAGCUACAUAAUGUGAAAGUGUGAGUACCUAGGAAAGAGCCAUGUAAAUAUAUGUAAUAAACUUGUAGCAUAUGUAAAGUUUUGGCAUUUAUCCUACAAAAAUAAGAGUAUUUUAGUAUGAAUUUGUUGAAUGUAAGACCAUGGACUCUUUUUACACCUAUGGCCUAAUUUUAAAGGUCCAAAAUAAUUUGUUUUUAAAGUUUGCCCUUGUGCUAAGUGCCAGUGUAUGUAUGUUAAAAUUGAUCUGGUUGUAAACUAUAUUUCAAAAUAAAUACUAGUGUAGUAAGUUUUAUAUAACAAA